AUGGCUGAACCUAGCCCGGAAACUGGAACAAGUAGCAGUGCACAAGAGUUGAUCAUCAGUUCUGCGCUGCGAGCGGUCGAGAAUGAGGAGGAGAAAGCAUAUAUGGGGAUUGGAACUACUCCAGAUGUGCAUGGGGCGGGCAUGAAGAUUCAGAGGGCAAGGGAUGUGUACAAAGCAUAUGCAGGGGUUGAAGAGAAGCCUAACAAGGUGGAGGUUUUGAGUUGGUAUUUUUAUGAGUUGUGCUCUUACUUCAUUCUUACAGUUCUUAUCCCUAUCGUCUUCCCCCUCAUCAUCAGCCAGGUUGCAAACGGACCACUCGCCUCUGUGGAGGGAGGGUUCAGCGACAAGGGCUUUGUUUGCAAACAAAAGGAAAUCAAACUGUAA